CCAAUCACCCAGAUAGCACGGGUGACCCUAGCCCCAUGGCUGACAACGUGCCCACAGAUCGAGGUGCUGUAGGCCGGCGGGGCAGCAAGUUCCAUCGAUCUGGUAGUUGUGUCCAGGCUGUACAGGAGACCAUGAAGGAGAAGCAGGCCAGGUACAAGGAAUCAAGAGAAGCUCGAAAGAAGCUACUUACCUCUGGGCACAAAUACAUCUUUGAGAUCUUGGCUGACAGGCUCUCCCUCGAACUACAAGCAGUAGAAGAGUUUGUUUUAGAUGCUCCUUCUUUGGCACCAUUUGAUGAUUUUUUUGCCAAAGGAGGAAGUAAAACCAUCGCAUUUGUCUACCAAGAGACAGAAGUCCCAGGAAUAGAGUGUGGACGCACCUUUCCUGGAACUGCAAAAGGAGCCAUAAUAAUGAGACUAUUUUUAGCCAAUUUGUCUGAGACAUGUCUGACAGGAUUGUGCCCAUUCUUUGUACGAACUAAAAUUGACGUUCCUGUCAAUAUAAAAAACAUACAUGAGGAGAUUUAUUUUUCUAUGCUAGAUGCCGCUGAGGGUCUAUUAAAAGGCACCAGGAAUCUGUUGUCAAAGAUUAUGAUGCCAGCUGUCUGUGCAACAGAAAACUGGGGUGCCUUGAAUCAGUCGAAACAUGGAGAGAAGGAUAAACAAAACUUCAAAGACACAAUCACUCGUUAUAUUCAUUUCCUAGAUGGAAUGCAAGCAUGCAUUGAAGGCACUGUUCAACUGAAGACGGCCUCAAACAUUGAAUUCGCCAGGCUGAUAUCCUUUGAAGACGUAAAAGCAGCAGCAGCAGAUGUUGACAUGGUGCAUCAACUCGAGGAAGCGUUGAUGAUGUGGUACAAACAGAUUGAGCAGGUCCUUACAGAGAGUGAUCAAAUGAGGAAAGAAGCUGAUGCCUCAGGACCUUUGACUGAGUUAGAGCACUGGAAGAGAAUGUCGGCUAAGUUCAACUCUAUCAUUGAGCACAUCAAGGGCCCCGAGUGCAAGGCCGUGGUCAAUGUACUCAAUAUCAACCGCUCCAAGACUCUAAAGUUGUGGAGAGAGCUGGAUGCCAGAAUAACCGACUGUGCCAACGAGGCAAAGGAUAAUGUGAAAUUCCUGUACACCCUCGAAAAAGUCUGCCAACCUCUCUACAACUGUGACCCGGUCACCAUGGCCAAGAGCAUUCAGAACCUUAUCAAUGCCAUUCGAAUGAUCCACAGUGUGUCACAAUAUUACAAUACAUCUGAACGAAUGACUUCACUCUUCAUCAAAGUCACAAAUCAGAUGGUUACAGCAUGUAGAGCAUACAUUACUGACAACGGCACCUCUGGAAUUUGGGAACAGGAUACACAAGACAUCAUCAAAAAGAUACAGGACUGUAUCUACUUGUUCCGGGAGUAUCAGUCCUGCUUCCACAAGACAAAGAAACAAACCCUGGAGAGGCCUGGGGAGAAACCCUUUGAGGUGUCAGAGAUGUACAUCUUUGGCAAGUUUGAAGGUUUCUGCAAGAGACUGGAGAAGAUCACUCGGAUGAUCACUGCAGUAAAGACCUUCUCUGUCCUGGGACAGUCCACCAUUGAGGGUAUAGACACUCUGGCUUCCAAGUUCCAGAACAUCUACUUGACCAUGAAGAAGAAGCAGUAUGACAUCCUGGCCCCCAGAAAAGCAGAGUUUGAGGUGGACUUUGCAGAGUUCAUGGUUCAGAUAAGCAACCUCGAGAACCAGCUCCAGAUGUUCAUGAAUUCCUGUUUCUCCAAAAUCCUCUCGUCUCAGCAUGCCUUGUUUUUUCUGAAAAGAUUUCAGAAGCUGAACAUGCCCUGUCUAAAGACAGAAGUCUCAAACACAGUUGGGCUUAUUCUUCAGCACUACGUCUCAGAGCUGGAGUCUGUCAAGAAGCUCUACCAGAUUCACAGAGAGGACCCUCCAUUGGCAAGGAACAUGCCCCCUAUAGCUGGCAAAGUCCUCUGGAUCAGACAGCUCUACAGGAGCAUACAGGAACCUAUACACUACAUCGAGAAAAACUCAGAGAUCCUGUCGAGUCCAGAGGGAAAGGACGUGGUGAGAAUGUACAACCGGACUGCAGCUGUGUUUGUGGAGUUUGAGCUUCUCUAUCACAGAGCCUGGAUGAGGGAGGUCUCACAGCUCCAAUACGCUUUACAAGCAACCUUAUUAGUCCGCCACAUGGACACAGGAAAACUACUCGUCAACUUCGAUCCCAAAAUCACGGAGAUAGUGCGAGAGACAAAGUGCAUGCUGAAGAUGGGUCUGGAGGUUCCUGAUCAGGCUCUGCGUCUGGUCAAGACAGAGUGGUCGAUGAAAGCCAACAAACUUCGACUGGAGACUUUACUGUGCAACUACGAGGCCACCUGUGAGAAAAUACCUGCAGUUUUCUACAACCUGAUGGCAUCAAAGAUAAAAAAUGUCGAGUCUGUGCUUCGCCACGGCUUGGUGUUACUCAACUGGUCAUCUCUCAUCUUGGACAACUUCUUUCAUAAUGUUGACACCGCCAUGUCUGAACUUAACCAUCUCCUAAAGAAGGUGCGAGACAUCUGUGAGAUGCACAUUGAUGCCGUCCUUCAAGACAUCUCAGAGACUGUGCUGAUCGAUCUCCCAGAGGACAGGCCCUCGUCACUGCAAGGCCUCAUCAGCACCAAUGAGAACCAGUCAAAGGAGUGGGCAGACAUUUUGGACCACAAAAGCAGACAUGUUGAAGAGGCAGUGAAGGAGCUGAUUGAGAUAUUCAAUACUAUUUACGAGUCAAAAGAAGUGAAGAAACCUGUGGAAGUACCAAUUGUUAAAGAGCGGAAGAAUGUGGCAUUCUCAGAAGAAGUUAACACCUCCAUUGAUGAUGAUCAUAGUGAUGACAAAGAAUCUGAGAAAGAAGAUGACUUUGAGAAGGAGUGCAAAGAGAUGUAUGCCUGGUUCAGCACAAAGCUACUUGACGCCUUGGUCAAAGCAACAAGGUUAUCUCUGGACACUUUGAAAAGAAGAAUCUUCGUUGCGACCUUGUCAGCAAGAAAGGGACGUUUCAGCCAAUCACAACCAAGCACAGAGGAGCUGGUGACUUUUAUCAAAUCCGAAGUCCACCUGACCAUACCCAACGUGGUGAUGGUGCCCAGUUUGGAUGACAUCCAGCAGGCCAUCAACCGACUGGUGCACCUGGUGCUGGAGGUGAGCCGGGGAGUGGCCCGUUGGGGACAGGAGCACCACCAUGAAGACAAGCGCAAGUCUGGCACAGGGAAGCUGAAGAACUUCUAUCAGAGCGUAGCUGAACACAAGGACAUUUGUAAGCUGGUGGUCCUCCUCACAUCAGCAGUCAACUCUCUGAGGAAACCGGCCAGUGAUGUUCUCAAGCAGUUCCAUCCCUUCAAGGUGGUCUGGGCCGAGGACAGACAGAUUAAGGUCAAGGAGUUCAUGGACAGCAACCCCUACCUGACUCAGAUCAAGUCUGAAAUCCUCCACUAUGUGGGAUUCGAACAGGAGAUUGAUGAAAUCAAGCCUACCAUUAUUUUGGGGUGCAUUGAAAUGUCAACAGCUCCGCUGAAGAUGUCUCUGACAGUCGAGGCAAAGGCCUGGAAGAAGCUCUUGUGCAAGUACCUGAAUGAGCAGUACAAAAAGAAAAUGAUGGAGAUCAUGACUUUCACUGGAGAACACCUGAAAAAGCUCUCCAGGCCUAUCGCAGACCUGGAGGAUGUGCGUUUCGCCAUGGAAGCCCUGUCCAAAAUACGAGACUCUGAGAUCAAGAUAGACAUGACCCUGGGACCCAUUGAGGAAGCCUAUGGGAUUCUGAAUAGAUUUGAAGUGGAGGUGACCAAAGAGGAAGCGGAGGGGGUGGAUACUCUCAGAUACUCCUUCAUCAAACUGCAGUCCAAGGCGAGAUCAGUGCAAGACGAGCUGGUUCGUGUGCAGCCCAAGUUCAAACGGAACCUGUUGGAAUCAGUCACCGUUUUCCAAAAGGAUGUUGUGAUGUUUACAGAUCAGUAUGAACUGGAAGGCCCAAUGGUGCCUGGGAUAAUUCCCAACGAGGCCAGCACUAGGCUGCAGAUCUGCCAGGCCAGAUUUGACGACCUGUGGAGGAAAUUCAUCACCUACUCGUCAGGAGAGCAGCUGUUUGGUUUACCAGUCACAGAUUAUGAGGCUCUGCAGAAAACACGAAAAGAGCUGAGUUUACUCCAGAAGUUGUAUGGACUCUACGACACAGUGAUGGCCAAAAUUAGUGGAUACUACGACAUUCUGUGGACAGAGGUGGACAUUGAGGCGAUCAAUGCAGAGCUUUUAGACUUCCAGAAUAGGUGUAAGAAGCUGCCCAAAGGCCUGAAGGACUGGCAGGCAUUUUUGGACCUGAAGAAGAGGAUUGAUGACUUCAGCGAGUCUUGCCCCCUGCUGGAGAUGAUGGCCAACAAGGCCAUGAAGCAGAGGCACUGGGACCGCAUCACCGGCCUGACGGGCAAAAAGUUUGAGGUGGAGUCAGACACUUUCGCCCUGCAGAACAUCAUGGAGGCAAACCUGUUGAAAUACAAGGAGGAUAUUGAGGAUAUCUGCAUCUCGGCGGUCAAGGAGAAGGACAUCGAGGCCAAGCUGGCCCAAGUGGUGGAUGUAUGGUCCAGUCAGUCUCUGAGUUUCAUGACCUUCAAGGGCCGAGGAGAGCUAAUGCUGAAAGGUACAGAGACCUCUGAGAUAGUCGCUACCAUGGAGGAUAGUUUGAUGCUGCUGGGAUCAUUGCUGAGCAACAGAUACAAUGCUCCGUUCAAGAAAGACAUUCAGAACUGGGUCUUCAAGCUAUCUACUUCAUCUGACAUUAUUGAGCAGUGGCUUAUCGUCCAGAACCUGUGGGUGUAUUUGGAGGCUGUGUUCGUGGGAGGUGACAUUGCCAAACAACUGCCACAGGAAGCCAAGCGCUUCCAGAACAUUGAUAAGUCGUGGAUCAAGAUCAUGCAGCGUGCCCAUGAGAUCCCCAACGUAGUGCAGUGCUGCGUGGGAGACGAGACCAUGGGUCAGCUGCUGCCUCACCUCCAGGAGCAGCUGGAGCUUUGCCAGAAGUCUCUCACUGGGUACCUGGAGAAAAAGAGGCUCCAGUUCCCCAGGUUCUUCUUUGUGUCUGAUCCCUCCCUUUUAGAAAUCCUGGGACAAGCUAGCGAUCCACACACAAUUCAGCCUCAUCUCCUUGGUGUGUUUGACAAUGUCAAUGAAGUGGAAUUCCACGCCAAAGAUUAUGACAAGAUUUUGGCUGUCAUUUCACAAGAGGGAGAGAAAGUGCCGCUGGACCACCCAGUGAUGGCAAGGGGGCCUGUGGAGCUGUGGCUGGGAGAGCUGCAGAUGCAGCAACAGUCCUCUCUACACUCUGUCAUCAAGGCUGCUGAUCUCCAGAUCAACGAUUCAGGCUUUCAGCUCCUCACCUUCCUCAACCAGUUCCAAGCACAGGUGGGCCUGCUUGGCAUCCAGAUGCUGUGGACACGGGACUCGGAGGAGGCGCUGCGCAACGCCAAAGACGACAAGAAAAUCAUGCCAACUACCAACCAGAAGUUCCUGGAUCUGCUCAACACACUAAUUUCACAGACCACCCAUGACCUGACCAAAUUUGAUCGUAUCAAGUUCGAGACACUGGUCACAAUCCAUGUGCACCAAAGGGACAUAUUUGAUGACCUAGUCAAAAUGCACAUCAAGUCAACCACUGACUUUGAGUGGCUGAAGCAGAGCAGGUUCUACUUCAAGGAGGACUUGGAUCAUGUCUUAGUGUCCAUUACCGACGUCGAUUUUGUUUACCAAAAUGAAUUCCUGGGUUGCACUGAUCGUCUGGUCAUCACCCCUUUAACUGACAGGUGCUACAUCACACUGUCUCAGGCUCUGGGCAUGAGCAUGGGCGGCGCCCCAGCCGGGCCAGCCGGUACAGGGAAGACUGAGACCACUAAAGACAUGGGCCGCUGCCUGGGGAAAUACGUGGUGGUCUUCAACUGCUCUGACCAGAUGGACUUCAGAGGACUUGGUAGAAUCUACAAAGGUCUUGCCCAGUCUGGCUCCUGGGGCUGCUUUGACGAGUUCAACAGAAUUGACUUGCCUGUGCUGUCUGUAGCUGCACAGCAGAUCUACAUUGUUCUCUCAUCCCGUAAAGACCGCAAAACACAAUUCAUCUUCACCGACGGAGACUUAGUCAGUCUGAACCCAGAAUUUGGGCUGUUUAUCACCAUGAACCCUGGUUAUGCUGGGCGUCAGGAGUUGCCAGAGAACCUGAAAGUUCAGUUCAGGACUGUGUCCAUGAUGGUGCCGGACAGACAGAUCAUCAUGAGGGUGAAAUUGGCCAGCUGCGGUUUCAUUGAAAACGUUGUCUUGGCACAGAAGUUCUUUGUGCUCUACAAACUGUGCGAGGAGCAACUGACAAAGCAGGUCCACUAUGACUUUGGUCUGAGGAACAUCCUGUCUGUGUUGAGAACCCUGGGGGCCAAUAAGAGAGCCCGACCUCAAGACACCGAGUCCAGCAUUGUGAUGAGAGUUCUGCGUGACAUGAACCUCUCCAAACUGGUGGAUGAGGACGAGCCUCUCUUCCUCAGUCUGAUCAGUGAUCUGUUCCCGGGGAUCCAGCUGGACGGGAGCACCUACGCUGAGCUGCAGGUUGCCGUGGCCAACCAGGUGGAGCUGGCAGGCCUUGUCAACCACCCUUCGUGGAACCUCAAACUUGUUCAGCUUUACGAAUCGUCGCGUGUGCGUCACGGCCUGAUGACACUCGGCCCCAGCGGGGCCGGGAAGACCGCAGUCAUCAACAUCCUGAUGCGGGCCUUGAGCGAGUGUGGAACGCCCCACAGGGAGAUGAGGAUGAACCCCAAGGCCAUCACGGCCCCCCAGAUGUUCGGGCGUUUGGACGCUGCCACAAACGACUGGACUGACGGCAUCUUCUCCACGCUGUGGAGGAAGACUUUAAAAACCAAGAAGGGAGAGAACAUCUGGAUAGUCCUGGAUGGCCCUGUGGACGCCAUCUGGAUUGAGAACCUCAACUCUGUUCUGGAUGACAACAAGACCCUGACCCUGGCCAACGGUGAUAGGAUCGUCAUGUCCCCGGCCUGUAAGCUGGUGUUUGAGGUGCACAACAUGGACAACGCCUCCCCAGCCACCGUAUCCCGCGUGGGCAUGGUCUUUAUGAGCUCCUCGGCUCUCAGCUGGAGGCCUAUACUGCAGGGAUGGGCUUACAAACGCAGUGCAGUUGAGGCAGACAAUAUCAUGAGUCUAUACGACAAAGUCUUUGAGGAUGCCUACGUGUACUUGAAGCAAAGCCUCAAGCCCAAAAUGGAGCUUUUGGAGUGCAAUUAUAUCAUGCAGUCAGUGAACCUGCUGGAGGGCCUGAUCCCCACCAAGGAGGCGGGGGGCCUGGUCAGCAGCAUGCAGCUGGAGCGCCUCUUUGUCUUCUGCCUGAUGUGGAGUGUGGGAGCCCUGCUGGAGCUGGAGGACAGGGAAAAGCUGGAGGCCUUCAUCAGGGCCCACGAGAGCAAGGUGGACAUUCCCAAAACACAGCCCGGAGAGACCAUCUUCGAAUAUAUGGUCAACCAGAACGGUGACUGGGACCAUUGGAAUAACUAUGUGGUGGAGUACAUCUAUCCCACUGACUACGUGCCAGAUUACGCCGCCAUCCUGGUUCCCAAUGUGGACAACACCAGAACCAGUUACCUUUUGGAGACUAUUGCAAAACAGCGCAAGGCUGUGUUGCUUAUCGGUGAACAAGGAACUGCCAAGACAGUGAUGAUUAAAGGCUACACCAACAAGUACGACCCUGAGACAGACCUGUCCAAAUCACUGAACUUUUCUUCUGCUACUGAGCCUACAAUGUUUCAGCGCACAGUGGAGAGCUACAUUGAGAAGCGAAUGGGUAGCACCUACGGACCUCCUGGAGGACGCAGAAUGACCAUCUUUGUGGAUGACAUCAACAUGCCCAUUGUCAAUGAGUGGGGCGACCAGAUCACCAACGAGAUAGUCCGUCAGAUGAUGGAGAUGACUGGCAUGUACAGUCUGGACAAACCAGGAGACUUCACCACCAUUGUGGACAUGCAGAUGCUGGCUGCUAUGAUUCACCCUGGGGGAGGCAGGAAUGACAUCCCCCAGAGACUGAAGAGACAGUUUACCGUGUUCAAUUGUACCCUGCCAUCCAACACCUCCAUUGACAAGAUCUUUGGUAUCAUGGGCUGUGGAUACUUCCACGAAUGCAGGGAGUUCAAGUCUGAGAUUUCUGAGACAGUGAAAUAUCUGGUCUCCGCUGGUAGGAUCCUGUGGCAGUGGACCAAGGUGAAAAUGCUGCCCACACCCUCAAAGUUCCAUUACAUCUUCAACUUGAGAGACUUGUCAAGGAUCUGGCAGGGCAUGCUCAUCAUCAAGGCAGAUGAAUGUGAUGAUAUCCCCACCUUGCUGGCGCUGUUCAAGUGUGAAUGCACCAGGGUGAUCGCAGACAGGUUUGUCUGCUUUGAGGACAAGGUGUGGUUUGAGAAGGCCAUAUCCAGGGUGAUCCAGGAACACGUGGACCCCAGCCUGGUCCCUGACCUCCACCCUGACCCCUACUUUGUGGACUUCCUGAGAGAGGCUCUCGAGCCCACGGGAGAUGAGGCAGAGGACGUCUGUUUGGACGCCCCCAAAGUUUACGAACUGGUGCCCAGUUUUGAGUUCCUCCGAGAGAAGCUGAUUAUCAAUCAGAGCCAGUACAAUGAGAAUGUUAGAGGGGCCAGUCUGGACCUUGUGUUCUUUACAGAUGCCAUGACUCAUCUCAUCAAGAUCUCACGUAUCAUCCGGACAGACUGUGGCAACGCUUUGCUAGUGGGAGUGGGAGGAUCAGGAAAACAGAGUCUCACCCGACUGGCUUCCUUUGUAGCCGGAUACAGUAUAUUUCAGAUCACCCUGACCAGGACGUACAACAUCAGCAACCUGAUGGACGACCUGAAGGUCCUUUACAGAACAGCCGGGGCAGACGGCAAAGGCAUCACCUUUAUCUUCACAGACAACGAGAUCAAAGAUGAGGCCUUCCUGGAGUACCUCAAUAACGUGCUCUCAUCUGGGGAGGUGUCCAACCUGUUUGCUCGUGAUGAGCUGGACGAGAUCACUCAGAACCUCAUUGGUGUAAUGAAGAAAGAGUUGCCUCGUGUCCCGCCCACCUUCGACAACCUGUACGACUACUUUAUCUCCCGAGCCAGGAAGAACCUGCACGUGGUUCUUUGCUUCUCUCCGGUUGGUGAGAAGUUCCGUUCGCGCUCCCUGAAGUUCCCAGGUCUGAUCUCAGGCUGUACUAUGGACUGGUUCACUCCCUGGCCCAGCGAGGCUCUAGUGGCCGUGUCCCAGUACUUCCUCUCUGACUUCCACAUGGUGUGCUCCCCUGAGGUCAAAGCCGCGGUGGUACAGACCAUGGGCAUAUACCAUGACAAAGUGUCCGUCACCUGCGAGAGCUACUUUGACAGGUUCCGAAGAAGAACUCAUGUGACCCCUAAAUCCUACCUGUCUUUCAUCAAUGGAUACAAGACGGUAUACAGUGAAAAUUACAACUUUAUCAACACACUGGCUGAGCGCAUGAAUGUUGGUCUGACCAAACUGUUGGAGGCUAGCGAGUCUGUGGCUCAGCUGUCCAAAGACCUGGUGGUUAAGGAGAAAGAGCUGGCUCUGGCCUCCAUCAAAGCAGACAAGGUGCUGGCAGAGGUGACAGUAAGCGCUGAAGCAGCCACCAUCGUAAAGGCUGAGGUCCAAAUUGUAAAGGACAGAGCCCUGAAGAUUGUGGAGGGCAUUGAGAAGGAGAAAGCCUUUGCAGAGGUCAAGCUGAAAGCAGCUAAACCGGCUUUAGAGGAGGCAGAGGCCGCUCUGAAUACCAUUAAAGCGGCUGACGUAGCCACGGUGAGGAAGCUGGCCAAACCUCCCCACCUCAUCAUGAGGAUCAUGGACUGCUGUCUGCUGCUCUUCCAGAAGAGGCUGGACACCAUCACCAUGGACCCAGAGAGGCCCUGCCACAAGCCCUCCUGGGGAGAGGCACUCAAGCUGAUGAGCGGCAGUGGUUUCAUGGCGUCACUGCAGCAGUUCCCCAAGGACAGCAUCAACGAGGAGAUGGUGGAGCUACUCCAGCCCUACUUCCAGAUGGAAGACUACACGUUUGAGUGUGCCAAGAAAGUGUGCGGCAACGUGGCAGGCCUGCUCUCCUGGACCUCCGCCAUGGCCACCUUCUUCGGCAUCAACAAGGAAGUUCUGCCACUCAAGGCUAACUUGAUUAUCCAAGAGGGCAGACUGUCAAUAGCCAAUUCCGAGCUAGCCAGUGCUCAGUCUCAGCUGGAUGAGAAACAGGCAGAGUUGGACAAAGUACAGGCCAAGUUCGAUGCUGCUAUGAAAGAGAAACAGGAUUUGCUGGACGAUGCAGAGAUGUGCAGGAAUAAAAUGGUGGCAGCGUCAGCACUCAUUGAUGGGCUUAGUGGAGAGAAAGUGCGCUGGACAGAGCAGAGCAAACAGUUUAAAUCACAGAUCAACAGACUCGUAGGGGAUGUCCUCCAGCUCACUGGCUUCCUGUCGUACUGUGGACCCUUCAACCAGAACUUCCGCAACAUGCUCCUAAAGGACAUCUGGGAAGCAGAGCUCCGGAAGAGGAAAAUCCCUUUCACUGAUAACCUCAAUAUUAUCUCUAUGCUGGUGGACCCACCUACUAUAAGCGAGUGGAACCUACAGGGUCUGCCUGGAGAUGACUUGUCAGUGCAGAACGGCAUCAUUGUGACCAAGGCCACGAGGUUCCCUCUCCUCAUCGACCCUCAGACCCAGGGCAAGGCGUGGAUUAAAAAGAAAGAAAAAGCCAAUGAUCUGCAGGUCACGUCCCUCAACCACAAGUACUUCCGUACCCACCUGGAGGACAGUCUGUCGAUGGGACGACCGCUGCUCAUCGAGGACGUCCGAGAGGAUCUGGACCCCGCCCUGGACAACGUGCUGGAGAAAAACUUCAUCAAGUCCGGCUCCACCUAUAAGGUGAAAGUGGGAGACAAGGAGACUGACGUGAUGGAUGGCUUCCAGCUCUACAUCACAACCAAGCUGCCUAACCCGGCGUACACGCCCGAGGUUAGCGCAAAGACCUCCAUUAUAGACUUCACUGUCACCAUGAAGGGUCUGGAGAACCAGCUGCUGGGCCGAGUCAUCCUCACCGAGAAAUACGAGCUGGAGGCAGAGAGAGUCAAGCUAAUGGAGGAUGUGACGGCAAACAAGAGGAAGAUGAAGGAGUUGGAGGAUAACCUGCUGUACAAGCUCAGCUCCACCAAGGGUUCCCUGGUUGAUGACGAGUCCAUGAUUGGCAUCCUGUCGGUAACCAAGUUGACGGCGGCCGAGGUGAGCGAGAAGCUGCACGUGGCAGCCGAGACGGAGGUGAAGAUCAACACGGCUUCAGAGGAGUACCGGCCGGCUGCCUCGCGUGGCAGCAUCCUCUACUUUCUCAUCACUGAGAUGAGCAUGGUCAACGUCAUGUACCAGACCUCCCUGGCACAGUUCCUCAAGAUCUUUGACCUCUCAAUGGCCAAGUCAGACAAGUCUCCUCUCACUCAGAAGCGUAUUGCUAACAUCAUCGAGUACCUGUCCUUCGAGGUGUUCCGCUACACAGUCCGAGGGCUGUACGAAAACCACAAGUUCAUCUUCACCCUGCUGUUGGCACUCAAGAUCGACCUGCAGAAGAACAACGUCAAGCAGAACGAGUUCCAGAUCCUCAUCAAAGGGGGUGCUGCUUUAGACCUGAAGGCGUGUCCUUCCAAGCCGUUCCGUUGGAUCCUGGAUCUGACCUGGCUCAACUUGGUGGAACUCAGCAAACUGUCACAGUUCACUGAGAUCAUGAACCAGGUGUCUCGUAAUGAGAAGGGCUGGAAGGUGUGGUUUGACAUGGACAACCCUGAGGAUGGUGUGAUUCCUGAUGGAUACAAUGACUCCUUGGAUGUCUUCCAUAAACUACUGCUCAUCAGAUCAUGGUGCCCUGACCGCACCCUGUCCCAGGCCAGGAAGUACGUUGGAGACUCGAUGGGCAUGAGGUUCGCUGAGCCUGUCAUCCUGAACCUGGAGAGUACCUGGGAGGAGAGCGACACCCGCACCCCCCUCAUCUGCUUCCUCUCUAUGGGCUCUGAUCCCACCAACCAGAUCGACGCUCUGGCAAAGAAACUCCGGCUAGAGUUCAGAGCGAUAUCAAUGGGCCAAGGUCAGGAGAUCCAUGCAAGAAGGCUCUUACAGAUGUCAAUGACACAGGGUGGCUGGGUCCUGCUCCAGAACUGCCAUCUGGGCCUGGAAUUCAUGGAUGAGCUGCUGGAGACCGUCACCACAGUGGAGACCAUGCACGACAGCUUCAGAGUGUGGAUCACCACCGAGCCCCACGACCGCUUCUCCAUCACCUUGUUACAGUCCUCUAUCAAGUUCACCAAUGAUCCCCCCCAGGGGGUGCGGGCUGGCUUGAAGCGUACUUUUGCCGGAAUCUCUCAGGAUCAGCUGGAAAUCUGCAACCUGCCCAUGUGGAAACCCAUGCUUUACAACGUAGCCUUCCUACACACUGUGGUGCAGGAACGUCGUAAAUUUGGGCCCCUGGGUUGGAACAUCCCGUAUGAGUUCAACUCGGCAGACUUCACAGCCAGUGUGCAGUUUGUCCAGAACCACUUGGAUGAAUGCAGCCCCAAGAAGGGUGUCUCAUGGGUCACGGUGCGUUACAUGUUAGGGGAGGUGCAGUACGGAGGAAGGGUCACUGAUGACUACGACAAGCGGCUGCUCAACUGUUUCUCUCGGGUGUGGUUCAAUGACAAGAUCUUUGAACCGACGUUCUGCUUCUACACAGGAUACAAAGUGCCUGUGUGUAAGACAGUGGAGCAGUACAUGGAGUACAUCGCCACCCUGCCUGCACUGGACACACCUCAGGUCUUUGGUCUGCAUCCCAACGCAGACAUUACAUAUCAGACCAACACGUCUGCUGAGGUGCUGGACACCAUCACCAACAUCCAGCCCAAGGAAAGUGGUGGAGGAGCAGGAGAGACCAGAGAGUCCAUUGUCUACAGACUGGCAGAGGACAUGCUGGAGAAGUUGCCCCCCAACUACAUACCCCAUGAGGUGAAAGGUAGGCUGGUGAAGAUGGGUGCCUUGAACUCCAUGAACAUCUUCCUACGCCAAGAGGUGGAUCGCAUGCAGCGGAUCAUCGGAGUGGUGCGCACCAGUCUGGUCGACCUCAAACUCGCCAUCGACGGUACCAUCAUCAUGAGCGAAAACCUGCGUGACGCCCUGGACAACAUGUUUGAUGCACGCAUCCCCAACAUGUGGAAGAAGAUCUCGUGGGAGUCAUCCACUCUGGGCUUCUGGUUCACCGAGCUGCUGGAGAGGAACACACAGUUCUACAGCUGGGUGUUUGAAGGCAGACCCAAGACCUUCUGGAUGACUGGCUUCUUCAACCCUCAGGGUUUCCUGACCGCCAUGAGGCAGGAGGUAACCAGGGCUCACAAGGGCUGGGCUCUGGACACAGUCACCCUGCAUAAUGAUGUGCUGAAGCAAAGCAAGGAGGAGAUCACUGCCUCUCCUGCUGAGGGGGUCUACGUCUAUGGUUUGUACCUGGACGGGGCCGGCUGGGACAGAAGGAACUGCCGUCUCAUCGAAGCCACUCCCAAGGUGUUGUUCUGUCCCCUGCCUGUGAUUCACAUGUUCGCCAUCAACUCCACCGCCCCCAAGGACCCCAAGUUCUACAUCUGCCCCGUCUACAAGAAGCCUCGGCGCACAGACCUCACCUACAUCACAGGGGUUGUGAUACGCACGGUGCAGUCACCCGAUCACUGGAUCUUACGUGGUGUUGCCUUGCUCUGUGACAUCAAAUGAUGGAUAACUACUCAGUAUUUUUUGGGGUGUUUGUGUAACCCUCAAGUAACACAAAUAAAUGUUUUUGAAAUUCCAACUAGUUAGAUGUAGUAA